AUGGUAUCAACGCUACCCCACGCCCGUGAUGAUCGGGGCGGCCAUCGGGAGUGUGGCAUCCCUAGCCUUAUGCGAGAUGGCCAGCAUGAGGCAAAGUCGGCACAAGCACUUCAAAGAAUGAUCGAAGCCUCGGCGAAUGCAUGGCUCAGCUCGGCGGAUUUUAUUUACGAGGACGUGCCUCGGAUUAAGUGCAUCUUUUUCUGCGAGUUUCACCUGACGCGCGGCACGUUGAUUCAACUGAAAUGCGAAGACGAGAAUUUUAAACUCGAUGACGUCCUACCUACCCAGCGCUUCGGCUCCUACUCGGCGGCCUUUAUUCCGAAGGACGAGCUGGUGAAUCGGCAGGUCCGCGUCGGCAUCCACGCCAACGGCCGGAAAUACAAAGUGAUGGGAUAUCCGGUUGCGCUGAAAAAGGAGGACAAAAUUACAUCGCCACCAAAGACAAAAUAUGGCCUGCGUAUCGCCACGUGGAACAAGUGCGAGGUGCCGAAGGAGUCGAUCGAGAUCUACAAGCGUGGCAAGUACCGCUUCUGCAUCUGUUUCGUCGUCCCGCAUGAGAUCGAGGCCACCGAGAAUGACUUUGUGUACGAGCCGGUGAUCGAGAAGCUCACGGAGUACAUUGUCGGACUCGAGCAGGAACGCCACUGGCUGUCGGGGCGCAAAAGUGACGAGGCGUUGCAACGGCUUUUCGAGUACACGCUGAUCUCGCUUAACACUACUGGCGCCGUCUGCUACCAGGUCACCGACCAUUGUUGCAUCUACCUCAAGCUAUCGCCACUCCAAAUGGGCCACGAACCUCCAGAGGUCUAUCCACACACCGUCCCAAUCCCGCAGCUCGAAAUGUGGCGCUGGCGCCGUAACAAGACUCGGAUGGACAUUGUUGCUCAAAUGAUCAUCCCAAAAAUCGAUGGACUUCGAUGCGUCAAGGAAAUCUCCAUAAUGACCGGGCUGGACGUCGAUUUGGUCAUAAGGUGCAUUCGAAACCUGUGCUACUACGAGGCGGUCGCCCUGGUCCCAUUCUUCCUCUACUCGAACAACUACGUGGCCACCGAGAAGCUGCACAACUUUUUCAACGACCCCGAUGCCAUCAAGGAGUGCCCUGACUUUGUCCGCCGUCGCGUCAAGGGAAGGAGGAAGCGCCAUCCGAAGCUUUUGGCGCGCCCGACUUUCCAUGAUGUGUUCCGGCUUUACUUGAACCUAAAAAUCGGUCAGCGCCUCUCCGAGUUUGUGAUCGUCAAUGAGCCCAAGACGAAGAUGGUCGACGUGCGGCGCUUCAUCCAGUUCGGGAUGGUGCGCGGCUUCCUGCGCAAGCUGUCCAUCUACCCGCUUGUCAUGCCCGAAUAUAAGCAUAUUCCUGCUCUCUCCAUCUUCAACGGCACCACCGCACUGGAGGACAUUGCCGUCGAAUACGCCAUCGAACCGACGGAGCUGCACCGGAAGCUGAUCGAGAGCGGCAAGAUGACGUUCAUCACCAAA